AUGUGUAUCUGGGACCUGGCUGUCUUUCAGUGUGGCCACAACGGCAGCUUCACCAGGCGAGACGGUGGCUGCGCGCUGCCCACAUCAGCAUGCGACAAAGGGCUCGUCAACGCCAUCAGAUAUCCCAUCCCGUGGAACUGUCCAGAUUGUGCACAGCGCCUCGCUCGAGGCAUCCCCCCUCAUCCCGAGGACCACAUCCACCCUCUGGCGCGAAGCGUCCAGCAGCUAAUGCGCCCUGUGGCGCUGCCGCCACAGGCAGUCUCCCGUCGCGCAAUGGUCCGUCGAAGCCCGUCAUCCGUCGGUGACGGCUACGACUUUUCCGAAUUCGCAGAGUACACCAACUAUCCGGGCCUCUCGCAGAAGCGUAUGUCAUCCAGCAUCAGCCCGACCAAAAUCACCAAGCGGCAGAGGAUUUCGCGAAACAGAUAUUCGAGCGACGCGCCCACGAUGCUCGGCCGGCUGGGAAACAUCGCCCAGGACCUGAAUGAUAUCGCCAUGCCGUCGGCGACGGAGCGCAAGAGCGGCGUCGGCUACUCUCCGACCAAAGUGCGCCUCCGCGGGACUGUGCAAGACGUGUCGGAAAUUCCGAUGAGCCUGGUCCCGGGCUUAAUGAACACGUCCCCAACCCGGCGCCGCAACGACCGAUCCCCGACUCUCGUCUCAGGCGCAGGCAUCACGAAGCGCCGCAAACCCAGCAAUCCUCCGCGCCGCAUCUCGCCUACGCAAACCAGGGCGCCGUACGCGGACGCCAACGCCCCUUUCAGCUCAAGCACAUACACCGGCUACGCGGCGGCGUCCCAGGCCGCGGCCCGGCAGAAGCAAACCGCCGCUCGGACCUACAACGAGACUCGCGACGAUGUGGAGCGCAUGAUCGAAACCGGCCACCACUCGCGCGACGAAAUCAUGGCAACGGCCAAGUUCUCCAUGCUGAACCACAAAGAUCAGGAGCAAAUCUUGUGGCAAUAUGAAAAGACCCGACGGACGAGGGAGAACCAGGGGAAUGGUACGUUGGAUGGCAGGAAGAUACACAACAUAAGGUCUCGGGACGAGGGCAAGAGAGAGGGCCGUAGAAAGAGGGGCGGCUGCGCAGUCAUGUGA